AUGUCAGCGGUGAAAUUAUCUUCAGAAGAACCCUUUGUCUACUCAAUUUUUGGGCUUCAGUUGUCUGACGGCGAGGAAAGCCCGGAGAAGCGGUUCCUUAAAGGGGAGUUCCAUGGCCUGAUUGCACCUCACGCAACCCAUCUCGAUCUAUUUCUUCAAGACCAUGAUGGAUGUGCUGCAGCUAGAGAGGGGAAGACCUUGAUAUGGCUCGGUUAUUGGAAGUCUCGCACUUCCUACCUAGCUUGGUGGGGUAGUGAAAAGGUUUCAAAUUUCUGGGACAGCCUGCCAGUUUCUGCUGGCAUGUGGAGAGAGAUUAUGUCUCCAGAUUCAUCCAGAACACAAUAUAUGACAAACAAGAGCGAGCCUGUUGGACUAGGCCACCUUGGAACUGAAAUUUCAGUUGGGAAUAAGACUGGAUACUGGGGCUGCUAUCGGCAUAGAAUGGCUGCCCAUUCAAAGGAUAACUUCGCCUCGCCGAUCGAACGGGACCUCGAAGCCUUUCAACCCAUACCAGACUCUCUCGACGGGGAUCGACCUGGACGCAUCUUGAUGACCAAAUUUCCGGAUAAUAUCUGUUUUGUGGUUGAGGGCCAAGACCAUUCAAAUAUCACCGCGGAAGAAAAAGAAUACUGGAAUGACAAUUUCGAUUCAUCUGUCACCCAAUGGAUGAAAGACCUCUUUUCUGCUGGUCCUGACUCUGGGAUUUUGGGUUCCCGGAUGUGCUAUGCACCGGAAACUGGUGUCUAUAGAGUUUCUACGCCUAAAGCUCUCAACUACAACAAAAAGGCUCAAUUCUUUUACUUCAAAGACCUGCAGCAUAUGGAGCAAAUUGGGCGGACCAAUAAGGGACAUGCGGCAUUGCGCAGUCGUUUCAUGCGGGCAUAUGGCCCCAAGGGUGCCAUGGAGUCAGGCAAGCUCGGGCUGUGGGUGGAAACAGCUGUUUUGAAAAACGGAGAGAUUGAAUGCGAAUACGUGGGUUGUGAAAAGGGGACGGGAUGGAUGGCACUGGCAGGUCACCAAGAAUUUUGGUGA